AACGGACACUGGUGCCACAUCUACAUGGCUCUCUUCAUAAAUCAUGCAAUGACACGGUUUCUGCUGGCAUGACAUUUAGAUUUUAUUAUUAUUAACUGGUGUGUUCAGUAGCAGGUGCUAAAGAUAUGGCUCAAGUCUGGGGAGUAGUGAUCCUUGUCCUAACUAUGAUGAUCCAAGUCUCGUUGACCCAAAGGAUCAUUGGGGGCCAAGAAGUCGUGCCUCAUUCCAUCAAGUACCAAGCAUCUCUUCAGUUUGGGAAAAAUCACUAUUGUGGAGGCAUACUGAUCCACCAGCAAUGGGUGGUGUCUGCUGCCCACUGCUGGAGACCGAGCAGCAUCAUUCAGGUGGUUCUGGGUGCACAUAAUCUGGAAGCUGAGGACGGAUCUGAGCAAGUUUUCAACGUGUCCAAAAUCAUAUCCAACCCUACCUACAACCCGAAAACAUACAAUGGUGACCUCAUGCUUCUGAAGCUGAGCCACCCGGCUGUUCUAAACGCCUAUGUCCAGCCGGCUCACCUCCCAGAUGAGAGCACGCCUCCGCUAGAUGUUGGAACCACCUGCACAGUGAGCGGCUGGGGCGUCACACGCAUCUACAGCUUCUACCUGUCUCCUGUGCUCCGUGCUGUGGAUGUGGACUACAUCCCCAACUGCCAGUACUACUACUCCUUCAGGGUCAAUGAGAACAUGAUAUGUGCCGGAUCUCGCUUUGGUGGCAAAGAUUCUUGCCAAGGUGAUUCGGGGGGACCGCUCAUGUGCAAUGGCUUUCUGGAAGGCAUCGUGUCCUGGGGAAUAGGCUGUGCCAAUCCCUACUACCCAGGAGUCUACACCAAAGUGAGGAACUACAACAAGUGGAUCUCUGGGAUCAUCACAAGUGACAGUCAGUCCUAAAAAAAUAAUCAGGAAAAAGGUUUUAGUUUCAGACUUUUUGCAUGUAGAAGACAAUACGCUGGAAUCAAGUUAAUUUAGCUUGAACUUGGGAAGAAAACAGCCGUGGCGUAUAUCCACAUGCAUAAUUCAUUAACUAAUUAAAGGCUAGUGAGUUCUGCUGACACAGCAGUGUCUAGAUUAAUGAUCAUAUAACAUCUAAGCACAUUUUAAUUGAAUCCUUCUCUGUCAUCUGUCAUACGCCUGCUUUAAUUUGUCAACAAUAUGCGUUUUGUUUAUAUACCAAUUUUGGCAUAAAGCUGAAUAUUUGUAAUUGAUUAUUGUUUAUAUCUCAGAAUAGUAGAAAUAAAGGUGUUAUUUAGAAGUAUUGAAGAAGG